AUGAGCGACGAUGCCCGGUCGGAGACCGUGUACCGCUAUCAGCAGGAGAUUGCGCAGAUGAUGUUUGUGUCGACGGAGAUAGAGAACCCAGAUCCACGGGUGACGCGGCUGAUUGAGGAUAUCGUGCGCAAUCAGGUGAUUGAGAUGAUCAUCCAGUCGCGGCGCAUGGCCCAGCGCCGCCUGUCGAAGUACUUUACGCCCGAGGACCUGAUUUUCCUGAUUCGGUACGACAAGGCCAAGGUCAAUCGGCUGCGCACGUACCUGAGCUGGAAGGACGUGCGCAAGAAUGCCAAGGACACGAACGAUGCGAGCGCCGGUGGCAGUGCGGGCCCUGCGCAGGAAGGCGACGGCAUCGAGGAGGGCGGCGAAGAUACGCCUCUGCGCGUAAACAAGCGCAAGAUGCGUCUGCCAUGGGAGCUAUCGUCCGUGUUCUGCGACUACCCACGCGCGUCGCAGGACGACGCGGACGACGACGACGACGACGUCAACGAGACGAACGAGGACUCGAUUCGGCGACUCAAGGCCGCGGAUGAGACGACGCGGCGCAUGACACGCGAGGAAUACGUCUUCUACUCCGAGUGCCGGCAAGCCUCGUUCACAUUCCGCAAGGCCAAGCGAUUCCGCGAGUUUAUUCACGCGAACCUGUACCUGGACGUCAAGCCCAGCGACGAUACCAUCGAUAUCCUCGGCUUCCUCGCCUUCGAAGUCGUGCAUGAGCUAUGUACGCGUGCGAUGCGCAUCAAGCGCGACUGGGAGCACAAGGCAGAGGCCAUGCGCACCAUGCGCGGACGGCACACAGACGACGAUGCACCGGCGUGCACCCUGUUUUCCACGUCAGCCAGCGCCGAGCCACCCCUCGAGGCAUGGCAUAUUCGCGAGGCGUUCACGGAGCUCCAGGCCGAGCACGCCUUGCUCGACACAGGACGAAGCACCGCCGGGCCUGCCGGCGGGCUUCGUCGCACGCAAGUCUUUGUCAUUUAG